AUGGAUAGAAUAGUGCGACAGAUAUGGCAGCGUGUUCCUGUGGCGAGGAUCUCUAUUAGCGGCGAUAUUGACCAGACGAGGAUCUUGGAUGUGUUGAACAAAAUCGAAAAUUACAACGCUUUUUACUGCAAAGAGUUCCUCAAGAAACUGAUCUUCUAUCUCGAGGAUAAGAACGAGGAGAUCAACGACGAAUUGUACGAGAAACUGAGCGAACUUCUGUCUGCGCGCCCGUUGAACCCAACAGACACAGAGGUGGUAUCUUACUGUGUGGUUUGCAAGCCGGGUCAAGGUGAUCAAAUGAUAUUUGUUCGAGAAGCUCCAAAUGUUAUUUCAGGUUUGGGAACCACAGGACUACGCACAUGGGAAGCGUCGUUAUAUUUAUCGCAAUACCUGCUGAACUCUGACCAGUGCGAUCUUUCUGGUCAGAAAGUGCUGGAACUGGGUUGCGGAACCGGAUUGAUAGGUAUGGCCCUAUCCAAAUACCAUCCAACCGUUAAGAAAGUGUUUAUGACCGACGGAGACUCACAAUUGAUCGACAAUCUUCCUUAUAACUUACAGCUAAACGACAUUCCAGUGGACUCUCCAAAAUUGCAUGUUUCCAAACUAUGGUGGGGAGAAGACGGGCUUCCAGACUCAGAAAUCAACACGAUAGUUGCCGCAGACGUAACUUACGACAGCAGCAUAUUGGACGACCUAAUCAGCGUGAUUUACGAGUCAAUGACAGAGAACAAACACAGUGCUACCCUAGUCACCACUGCCUACAUAGCUGCUACUGUUCGGAACGAAAACACCAUAGCAGACUGGGAAAAAUUGCUGAACAUGGGAACCACAGACCAUAUAUGGGAAUGGUCUAUAAUGAAACCUUUGAAAUGGGAAGGGAUCUGGUAUCCCGACGGUACCCCUGAGAUCCGUUUGUAUAGACUUGCCAGGGUGUAA